AUGGCCGACUCCUUCACCCUGCCUUUGCGCCCCAUCCUUGAGCAACGCGAUCGUCCGGAUACUCUGCCUGUGGAGAUCGCGCAAAUCAACAAUCAGUGGGGCUCUUUUCGCGAGGUGAACGAAGAUGUUCUUCGAAAGAAGAUUGUCGAGGAGGAACAAAAAGAUGGCCUGGAUGAGGUAGAGGAGAGUGACCAAGAUGUGACUGAUCUUGAUUCGACAGAGCGCUUGGAGCAACUGUACAAGCGGCGUGCCGAGAUCACUCAGUUCGCCAUGCAAGCCCACAUGGAGACCAUGUUCGCUCUCGACUUCGUCUCCCUUUUGCUUUCCAAGCAGGCCCCGCGUCAGGCCGAAACCUCCAUGUCGGCCUUCCUCAAGCAAGUCGCACCCCUCGGUUCGCUCAAUGCCGAGGUCGUGAACCCUCCCCCGAAACCAGAAUCUACAAGCAAAGAUAUAUCAACAGUAUCAAGAGGAUGGAGGAUCCAGAAUUUCAACGCGGCGGCGAACAAGCUUCUGCAGGCCGCUUCCCGACUUGAAACCGAAGUCGCGUCGGAAACUCGAUAUUGGAAUGAGGUAUUGGCUGUUAAGGACAAAGGAUGGAAAAUUUCCCGUCUCCCACGCGAAAGGCAAGCCCUAGGCGUGCAAUAUGGGUUCCUUGAAGCCACGCCAGUUUUCCGCGACCGCGGCCUUGCUUCCUUACGCCGAGCCGAGGAUGGGGCUUUGCUAUUAGACGAAGGAUUGAUCCCAUCUAAAGCCCGUUAUGUCCGGGUACGCGUGGUACAGGAUGGUCGGCUUUCGGGAAGCUCUAAACCGACGCGUUCCACGUUCGACGGGGACGGGACGAUUGAGGAUCGCAUUCUGCAGGCGCGUGAUAGUGUUUAUGAAGAGGAACUCUUCCACGAACUAGUCCGAGAAGCCCGGGCAAUCGCGAGCUUUGGCGUGACGACCCGUCAGAAUCUCAUUCAAAUUCCUGCUUCGGAUGACCUCGAAAUUUUACUGGACUUGGUUGAUACUGAUGAAAAUGCGUUGCAACCUCAAAAUGAUAUCUCACAACAAGGAACUUCUCUUGCAGAGGGGUUGGGACAUACAAUCCGGAUCUUAUUGGCAUAUGCCCACCGUCAAAACUUGCGACGUCGGACUCUACUUCCGCCGCCCCUGACCCCGAAAACGCGAUCUGUUCCCGAACAUCAACUUAUUCGGCCAGCUCUAGCUUAUAUCAAGCACAUGUCCCAUGUACGCUGGCUUCAGUCAUUACUGAAGGACCUUUUCGGUGUUUUGCAGUCGGCAAAUUUGAAGCCUCCAGCGUACAUCGCAAGAGUUUUUUCGACAGGGAAACAAAGACAAACUUCUCCUGCUCAAGCAGUGGAGACCGUCAUUGGACAGUUCCUUACUCCCUUGCUGUCUACAUUCAGUGGGAAAAUUUUGACCCCUCGGGGUUCUUUCUCAAUCUCAAUUCACACCAACCUUUCCUCACCACCCUUCGGCACCACCUUUGAUGUGUCAUUCAAUAUGCCCAAAUACCCCGACCUUGGGUCUCCUGGCAAACUUUCCCAAAGAGAAGAAGUGGAAGCCGCCAUCACCCAUCUCUUGUUGCUUGAUGUUGUAUUCACUAUCUCAUCCAACGGUUCACCAAAGUCCGAGGGUGAGAAGGACCAAGCAAAACGUACCUGGGAAGCGAUUUACCCUCAACAUGGCGAACUUCUACUCUCUCCUUCCAAACCAGACAAACGAAAAAAGAUGAAGGUUGCUCUGUCCCGUCAUGAACUGUCUAUUGAGAUCUACACCGUGCGCUGUAUCGACGGAACCGGGCGUGGAACAUGUGAGCAUCCCUCUUACCAUUCGGCGCUGCACACUUGGAAAUCUUGCCCUUUGGCUGGAUCACAUAACCAGCCCUCUUUGAUGGACUUUGUGUCCACAUAG